UGAGGAGCAGUGACAGAUUUGUGUUUUCAUUCUGUUUCUCAAUACCCUUUGAUUUAUUUUUUUUCUAUUAUUUUUAUUGCCCUCUCUAAUUCAGAUUAAAUCCUACACUUUGUUUCAACCUUUUCCUGGUAAUCUUACGAAAUGGGUAGUACAUCAGACAACUUAGAAGAUUCUCAGAAAGAAGAACUGCCCAAGGAUGAGAAAGACAAAACAACUGAAGCAGACAAGCUAGAAGGUGGAGGCGAAAAUGGUGAAGGAAAGAAAACAGAUGAGGAAAGCAUGAAUGCUGAAGAAAAGAAAGAAGAGGUGGGGGUGAAGAAUGAUGAAGGAAAGGAAGGAGGUGUGAAGGACAUUAAUGAGGUGAAGAAUGAUGAAGCAAAGAAAGAAAAUGUGAACGAAAUGAAUGAGAGGUACACUGGCCAAGCAAGGAAAGACGAUGCCAAGAGAAUAACUGAGAUUGAUAGUAGUGAAGCAGAGAAAGAAGAUGGAGAGGUGAAGGAUGGUGAAGCAAAGAAAAAGGAAGAGGAAAAUGAAGGCAAAGAAAGAGUUGUUAAAAUAGAUCAAAAUUCAAAGUUUGUUGUUGAGGAAAAUGGUGAAUUGAAUGAGAAAGCUGAGGCAGAGGAUGUUUCAUCAUGCAAUGUUAACGUGAGUAGUUUGUCGUUCAAGGAAGAGAGCAACCUCUUCUCUGAUCUAAAACAGAAUGAAAAGAAGGCGUUGGUAGAGCUUAGAUCAAAAGUUGAGGAAGCCAUAAAUGGAAAUCAGUUGUUCAAGGUAAAGGAAAGUCAUGUCAAAGAGCGAAAUGAAGAAAACUCAUCGGGAAAUAGUGGUGAGAAGGAAAUGGAAAAGCCAAAAGAAAAUGGAGGUAAAGAAGAUGUGAAAGAUGAGGGUUGCGAGGCAAAUUCAUAAGAAGAGAACAAAGAUGCCAUGCAGGAAGGCCCGGAAGAAGAAAGGGUCAUCGCAGAAGCUGAAGAGAUGAAAGUGCAGGAUCAGGCUAUGGAUGGAAAAGGGGAUUACAUUGAUAAGGAUAUCAAACUCUGGGGAGUCCCAUUAUUGCCUUGUAAGGGAGGUAAGGCAACCGAUGUUGUGCUAUUGAAAUUCUUGAGGGCUAGAGAGUUCAAGGUCAUCGAUGCUUUCGAGAUGUUGAGGAACACCCUUCAAUGGAGAAAAGAAAACAAUAUUGAUUCCAUCCUAGAUGAGGAUCUCGGCAAUGAUUUUCGCUCCACAGCAUACAUCAAUGGCAGUGAUCGCCAAGGCCACCCGGUAUGUUACAAUGUUUUUGGGGUGCUUGGCGCCGAUCAGAUGUUCAGUAAAACAUUAGGGACAGAAGAGAAUCGUGACAAGUUUGUAAGGUGGAGAGUGCAACUGAUGGAGGAGGGAAUUGAAAAGCUUGAUUUUAAUGGCGUCUCAUGUUUGCUGCAAAUCAUCGAUCUAAAGAACACCCCAGGACCCUCGAAGAAGGAAGUUCGGCUUAUCAUGAAACAAGUGAUUAGCCUCCUCCAAGACAACUAUCCUGAAUUUGUUGUGAAAAAUAUCUUCAUCAAUGUUCCUUUCUGGUAUUAUGCAUUCGCUGCCUUCUUUUUGCCUUUCUUAACCCAAAGAACCAAGAGCAAAUUUGUGUAUGCUAGGCCAGCAAAGGUCAUUGAAACCCUUCUCAAGUACAUUGAUGCAGAAGAAAUACCAGUAUGCUAUGGCGGCCUCAAACGUGACAAUGAUUCGGACUUCUUGGCUGAAGACCAUGCAGAGGAAGUUGUUGUCAAAGCAAGCUCAAUGGAAACAAUUGAGAUCCCUGCACCAGAGGCAGGGAGUGUUUUGAUCUGGGACUUGGUCGUGUUGGGUUGGGAAGUGAACUAUAAGGAGGAAUUUGUGCCGGAUGAUGACAAGUCCUACACCAUUAUUGUUCAGAAGGAAAGGAAAAUGGGGAUUCAGGAAGGACCAAUUCGGAAUUCUUUCAAGAACAACGAGCCUGGAAAGAUUGUUCUCGUAAUAGGGAAUGCACCGUUCAAGAACAAGAAGCGUGCUUUCUAUCGAUACAAAAUCAAGAAUGUUAGCUCAGCAUCUUGAGGUUCCAAUGGUUAUAUAUUUAUAUAUACAUACAUAUUAUAUGAGUUUUAGUUAAGUAGAUUGGUCCAAGUUUGAAUUGAGAUAUGCAAAGAUAAAGAGGAACAAAAUUAAGCCAUCUAACUUUGGCAACCAUAUUUCUUUUCAAGUUGUAUUAAUUUCAAUUUUAUUCCUCUUUCUUUCUUUCUUUCCCCCUUCUUUUAUUCAUGGUUUUGAUGCAAUAUAUAAUAAGGUAAGAGGAGUUGAUUAUUUUGUGAAAACCUUAAAUCAUGAAUUACUAUACUAUUUUCUUACUCUUCUCAU